AUGACGACGUACAUCCUCGAUGCCAUUGUUGGGAAAGACAAAGCUAAUCAUGGGGUGGUGGCAUAUUUAAGGGAAGCCAAACUUCUGCAUGUAGUGAAUCAGUCCUUGACACAGCUGCAUAGCAAGGAUGGUAUGGUUGAUACAGGCCGCAUCAGGCAUCGGGCAAAAUUUUGGGAGUCUUCAGAAGCAUAUCAAACAGUUGAGGUGCAGACCCAACACCAACCACCGACAAUAUCUGAGCGGCCACUGAAUGAUAUUGAUGAAAUACAGAUCCCACCACAUCAGACACCAGUGGAACCAAAGCAAAAGACAAAGCAAAGCUGGAAAGACCUAAAUAAACAAAUGCCACUCCAGAGAAAGCUGAAGAACAGGCAGAGUACAGUAACUAGAGAAACCACUUUGUGGUCUGCAUAUUGAACUCACUAAACAGACACAAGACUGAACUUAUAAAGCUGAAAAUAAUGAAACUGAAAAAUGAGAUGAAAAUUAGUCACGCAGCAGA